UUUUAUUCAGCCUCCUAAUUCUCCUAUUUCCCCAUCUAAUCUCUCAAAAAUUUUUAAUUUCUAACUAAAUUGACAUUCCUAAACUCUCGUAAAAAAUCUCCAAUUCUCUGACCUUGGCGACUUGAUCAAGCUUUUGAAAACCCUAGAUAUACAUAUUUUUUUUAUUAUUCAGAUUUUUAGAUGAUAUUGAUUUUUCCUUAGCUGAUUGUGGUUAUUGUUAUAAAUUUUAUUUUAACUUGGACAGGUUUGUAGUUUUUGAAAAAAAAAAAUGGAUGUGGAUUUGGUUGCAAGUGGUAUUUUGGAGGAGGAUACUAUUCCACUUAUUGAUCACAAUACUGAUCUUUCUAAUUUUGAGGGUGGAAGAUGUGGGAUAUGCAUGGAUAUUAUUAUUGACAGGGGGGUUCUUGAUUGCUGUCAACACUGGUUUUGUUUUGCAUGUAUUGACAACUGGGCAACAAUCACAAACCUUUGCCCACUUUGCCAGAGUGAAUUUCAGUUGAUAACUUGCGUCCCAGUAUAUGAUACCAUUGGAAGCAACAAGGUUGAGGAUGAGUCAUUUUCUAGAGAUGAUGAUUGGUCAAUUGAAGGGAAGAGCAACACUCUUUCUUUCCCAUCAUACUAUAUUGAUGAAAAUGCAGUUAUUUGCUUGGAUGGGGAUGGCUGCAAAAUUCGAAGUCAAUCCACAAUUAUUGAGGGAGAUCCCAAUCUCGAUACAUCAAUUGCCUGUGACUCUUGUGAUAUAUGGUAUCAUGCAUUUUGCGUGGGGUUUGAUCCUGAAGGUACAUCAGAAGACACAUGGUUAUGCCCAAGAUGUGUAGCAAAUCAAGCUUCACAAAAAUCUGAUGUGAUUCCUGAGAAAACAAACAACCAGUAUGGUCCAGAGAUAGCUAAUAGUGAAUAUGUGACAGAAACUGCUUUAUUUGGGAAGUUGUCUGUUUCUAUUGCGGAUACCGGCGAGACAGCUGUCAUUGUCUCAAGGGUGGGAGGAAAGCAGUGGACUGAAGAGCCAAGUGAAAACUUUUUGUCGAACCUUGAAGUAAAAAAUGGCCAGAAAAUUGAGCUAUCUAACUCUGAUGACAAUUGUUGCGAUACAGAGAAACCAUCGUGUGAUAAGAGCACUAUGCAACCAAUCUUAAUGGGACAGGAGCUGCAGUUGUGUUUAUCACGCAAUACAUUCUCCUCUUCACUUCCAAAUUUUUCAGUGCAUGAUGAACUUAAGACUAGUCAAGCUGCAGAAACAAUAAAAGAACCAAGCAGCUUAGAUGGUGUUGGAAAUACUUUAGGAAAGUCACUGAAUGAAUCCUUUGCAAGGAGCCAAUUAUCUGAAAGUGAAUCCAGUUUGGGUCUUCAUCUUGGUUUAUCAAUAGGCUCAUUUCUGUCUGUUGAUGAUGAUAGGAAAGGUGGUGGAAGCAAAGAUCAGCUGAAUCCAGAGUAUGAGCAUCAGAGUCACAUGGAAGAGCUGUCACCGCUAGAUGAGAAAACUGAACCUGAUAAGGAGGAAAAUGCUGGCUCAAUAACUGGUUUAAAAAGGAAGAGUGAUGUUGUUAUAAGUUCUGAUGGUGAAGAAACCAAAGGUAAGAAUGAGACUGAAGCUUUUGAAAAGAAGAUUAGAGUUGAGGGAUUGGUUCAUACGGCUCCAGACAGCCAAGGUAAUGCAUCUGUAUCAGAUGAUACGCUAAAAAGCCCUACUCUGAAAGCCGUUUCUAGAGAUGGCAAGGUAAAAAAUCAUCCAGAAAAGGAAGAUUCCAUUCCUAAUAUAAUGAGUAUUGUUCAGAGUACAAGCCGUAGAACUUCUUCCAAGGGGCUUGGAUGUCGAAAUCCUGCUGAUGAAUCCCCAAAAGGAGAAAAUUCAGUUGGCUUGAGAGUCAAAAAAAUCAUGAGGAGAGCAUCUGAGGAUAAGGAGUCAUCCGUUGUUGUGCAAGAACUAAGAAAAGAAAUUAGGGAGGCUGUCCGUGACAAAUCCUCUAAAGAAUUUGGAGAAAACCUUUUUGACCCAAAACUUCUUGCUGCUUUCAGAGCUGCUAUAUCAGGACCAAAAACUGAAACCGUAAAAAAAUUAUCACCUUCGGCUGUGAAGAUGAAGAAAUCCUUGUUGCAGAAGGGUAAAGUUCGUGAAAAUCUAACGAAGAAAAUUUAUGGAGAUUCUAAUGGAAGGCGGAGACGUGCAUGGGACCGGGACUGUGAAGUUGAAUUUUGGAAGUAUCGCUGCAUGAGAGCUUCAAAGCCUGAAAAGAUUGAAACUUUGAAGUCAGUUCUUGACCUCCUACGAAAGAAUCCAGGGGGCUCAGAGGGGGUGCCAAUAUCUGAAUGCCAGGCAUCCAACCCCAUUCUUUCCAGAUUGUAUUUAGCAGAUACAUCUGUUUUCCCACGGAAGGAUGAUAUAAGGCCCUUGUCAGCACUUAAAACUACAGGUAGUUCUGAACACAGCAGAGAACAUGUUUCAGUAGAAAAAACUCCCGUGUCAUCUCUUGAUAUUCGUACUGUAAAAAAUAUGGAAGCAAACAAGGUUUCAUCAAAGCUUGGUGUUCUGUCAACUAAUCUUAAAGGAACUAAGACAAGUUUUUUGAACUCAAAAGGUACUGCUACCUCUAGUAAAGUCAAUUCUAACAGAGGUUCAGAAGGGUCUUCAACGUCUCCAUCAAGUAAUUCUAAAGUUGAAUCGCAGAAGGAAGUGGCUGCGAAGUCUGAUGAUGUAAAAGUUGAUAAAAGGAAAUUGGCCCUGGCAGUGCUUGCCAGGAAAAGGGCGGCAGAGAGCAAAAACGGAACACAAGAAAGGCAGGAGGAUAAUGCGGUUUUUAAAGGAAACUAUCCCUUGCUAGCUCAGCUUCCAGUGGACAUGAGGCCAUCACUGGCACCCAGUCGGCAUAAUAAAGUCCCUGUAUCAGUUAGGCAGGCACAGCUUUACCGCCUGACAGAACACUUCUUAAGAAAAGCAAAUCUGCCCAUCAUUCGCAGAACUGCAGAAACAGAGUUGGCUGUUGCUGAUGCAAUUAAUAUUGAAAGAGAGGUUGCUGAUAGGUCAAACAGCAAAGUAGUAUAUUUGAACUUGUGUUCCCAGGAGAUAUUGCAUCGUUUGGAUGACAGCAAGUGUGUUAGAGCCAAAGAAUCAGAUACUUCAUCCCCUUCAGAAAUCUCUGUUGGUAGGCAAGACCAAGUUAAUGAUGCAUGUUCAACAGAUCCCGUGGUUUUGGAAGCACUUAGAAAUGCAGGCCUUUUGUCUGAUUCCCCUCCAAGUAGUCCACAUCAUAAAACUGAGGUCCCUAAUGAGGUAGAUGAUUCCUCAGUCAAGAUCAGGGAAGAGGAGCCUGAUAAUGUAUUUGAAAUGGAUACUCAUUUGGAGGCAGAUAUUUAUGGUGAUUUUGAGUAUGAUCUAGAAGAUGAAGAUUAUAUUGGUGUUAGCGCUGAAAAGGCUCCUAAGUUACAACCUGAAGAAGGUGUGUCAAAAAUGAAAGUAGUUUUCUCCACUUUUAACAUGGAGAGGUCAAAAUCAAAUAAUCUUGCAGAUUCCGAGGAUCAUGAGAAGUUGGGGAAUUUUGUGGUACCCAAUGAGUCUUCCUGUUUGCUGAAGAAUAACAAUGAUGCUGUAAUCAAAUGCUCCACUGUGGAUGACGGGACUGAUAGGUCUUGUGCUGUUCUGGAAUCCUUACAUGAUGAGGAAGGUGAAGAGCUUUCCAUUGCAGAAUGUGACGAAUUAUAUGGUCCCGACAAAGAGCCACUGAUAAACAAAUAUUCAGAAGCAUCCCAAAAGAUAUAUGGGUUGGUUGAUGCAGAAGCUCUAGCAGAGAAUACAGCUACUGAAGAUAAUGAAAAACAUGGAUUGCACCAUAUAGUAAAUGCAUCUGAACCUGGAAUUCAGAGCAAGGAAGGAAAUAAAGUUGUUGACACUCUUGGUCAUGGCUCAUCUGGUGGAGAAAGUUCUGCUGACCAAAUUCAAACAGGUGAAAAUGUUAAAAAGAAAGAAAAGAAAUCCAACAUGGAGACUGACAAACAGUCUAACGGUGAUAAUCCUGUAUCCAAGAAGGUGGAGGCCUACAUCAAAGAACAUAUCCGGCCACUCUGUAAGAGUGGUGUGAUAACAACUGAACAAUAUAGGUGGGCUGUGGGAAAAGCCACUGAAAAGGUUAUGAAAUACCACUUAAAUGCCAAGAAUGCUAAUUUCUUAAUCAAGGAAGGUGAGAAGGUAAAGAAACUUGCUGAGCAAUACAUCGAGGCAGCCCAGCAAAAGGAAAAAACUGAUCCUCUAUGACGACAUUCAUUUCCACUUUUAUCUAAUUCCUUAGUGCUCUUGCACGUUGUUUUAGACCCUCCACAACCCCCCCCCCCCCCCCCCCCGGCUUUUGCUUUUUGAUCAGUGUGAAUUGCAGAUUGUUGAGGCCUCGAGGAAUCCAAGCUGACAGAAAGGUGGCUCACGCAUCAUGUAAAUGGAGAAUUCGACAUAAUCAAAUUUGAUUACCAGGCCUGCCUUGGAUGUAUAUUUGCCCUCAUUGUCAUAGCUCUUGAGAUUUAUGGUGACGAUAUGUUAGGCCAACGCAAGUUGUCCAGGAAAUGUAUAUUUGCUGCUGAGAUUUUCAAUGUUAAAAGAUGGUGACAUCCGCUAUGCGUACAGUAUCAGAGCAUGGAUGACGUUUGUUUCUCGUUAAACUCAACAAGCGCAUUGAUAAUUCCAUUAAUGUCUGCUUAUUUUAUUGGACUGUUUUAGAGUAUUGCACUUUUGCUGAAGGACUCAGUUGAUCUCUGAAAUGUUUUAUAAAAAAGUAAAAUUUAACCUGUAAGAAAUUUCAAUAAAGUGAUAAAUGUAAUAAAAGUUGU